CUGGUGAGCAAUUUUUCAUCACGUUUUUCCGUAGCGCCACCUUUUAAUGGGAGCCUCCAGAUAAAAACAUUUAAAAUGGAGAGGAAAGCUAAGAAACGACUCAGCAAGAACAAGAAAAAGACAUGGAAGAAGACUGAUGUACAAGAUGUCGAGGAUCACCUGGAGGAUCAGAGACUGCAGGAACGUACUGGUGGCCUCCUGGCUGAGAAGACUGAUGAACAACUGUUCUUUGUCGAUUCUACAAAGCCUGUAGAGGAACCUGUACCAGCUAAAAGAAGCCGUCGUGAUCCUAAACCUUUGAAAUGUCACAGUGCCUUGUUGCCUGACCCCAGGAUUAAACCAGCGAGGGUGGCCCAUAAUAUCAGACGGGAUAAUCUGAAGCGUAAAUGUGCUAAAAAAGUAUCUGACAUUCAGAAUGAUGUGUUGUCACCUACUAGAAAAGAAGCUCUUCAUAAUCAAGUUAACGCUAAGCUGAAUCGUCAAACGAGAAUCCGAUCAAAAAAGAUCACACCUCAUGCCAAAUUUGAUCUUUGGGGUGGUGAAAUAGACCAAACUAAACAGGAAGAUGAUGACCAUUUUGCUACUGUGACUCGCAAGAAGCCUGUAAAACUGCCAUCAUAUCACAAUAAGAAACCCUCUAGCCUGCCUGCAGUUGAGGUGGCCCUCCCUGGUGCUUCUUACAACCCAACCUAUGAUGACCAUCAGCAAUUGCUACAUGUUGCCAACAAGGUUGAAGUGAAGAAAUUGAAGGUUGAGGAGAAGAUCUUACGCCAAACAGACCACAUGUUCCCAAAAGCUGAUAAAGCACCAACUAAACAAGAUCAUUUGCAGGAGAUGUCAGCUGGCUUAUAUGAGGAGGAGGAUGAUAGCGAGGGAGAAGAAGACACAGAAUACACGUCCAUAAACCCUGCAGUCAGGCGUGACAAGAAGAAGACACCACAAACAAGACGCAAAGAAAAAGAGCGCAAAGCGAAAGAAACUCAACUGAAACUUGAAAAAUUAAAGCGGAAGAAGGACACUGAGUUAUUUAGAAUUAAAUCUAUUCAGAAGGAUGUCACUAAAAGCAUUAAGCAACACAGUGAGAAAAUGGCAAAGCAACAGACUAAAAGGGCUGAGAGGAAAGAUAAGACUCAGAGAUUAGGUUCUAAUAAAUUUGAAGCUCCAGAGACUGAGCUGAAGCUCUCUGAUGAGCUAGUUGGCUCAUUGAGACUGUUGAAACCAGAGGGGAAUCUACUGGAGGACAGGUACAAGAGCAUGCAGAAGAGGAAUAUCAUUGAACCAAGGAAGAGGGUGAAGGUCUACAGGAAAUAUAAACUUAAGGACUAUAAAAAACCAGGUCAUGGUGCCCAGGCAUAUAUGAACUCGUAUAAGGCUAAGGGGAAGAAAUAAUAUGGAAUUACCUAUUUGAUUAUAAUGCUUGCCAUAUUAUGAUUAUGGUGAAAAGAUUUUUGAAUAUGAGAUUUCCUGGAAAUAAAGGAAAAUGGGUGAAGGUUAAUUAUUUUGUCAACCUAAUGGAUAUCGGUAAUAUGUUUCACUUUAUACAUACUGUUACUUGAGCAUCUGAUAAACAAUGCCAAAAAAGUAAAAAUUAAUUUUGGGAAUUUCUUUUCAUGCUCUGUACAUACAUGGCAUACAUCAUGGAAUUCAUCCUCUAUUGAAACAAUUUUAGGAAAAUUUAAAAGGCUGAAAAUACAUGGAGUAAACUUGACCCUCGAUUUAAAGUAUGACAUGAAUUCCUCCAAACUUGAACAGAAAUAGAAUCAGUGGAUGAAUUCCUUUUAGAAUCAUGGUAAUGUAUAUAAAGUGAAUUCAGUAAAUAAAAAUAUAUUCAAUAAAAUUGAAAUCUUACUUGGUCCAUUUUUAAGAACUACACAUAUUUCCAGAUAAUCAUUUACAUAUGUUAUGCCAAUAAUAUACAUGUUGCUGUUGUAUCUAUAAA